GGCAACAGAAGUUUGUCCGGCACUCGAGCGCUGCCUGUCCCAGAGCACCCUUUUCCACUGAGUCUCUGUCGGGCAGAUUGCGCCCUGGGCAUCGGGAACCCGGAGGAUGUCAUCUUCUUUUCUUCCGACUUAGCGUCCUUUGCGCUAUCCGGGUGGGAGUCCUUAUCCUGAGUACCAGGGGGUGGUAGUUGAGGCUUCGGAGAGUGGCUGACACCUGAGCAUUUCGGUAAGGCACUGUCCUUCUGAUAUCCAAGACUAGGACCUCAGGCGCGCACCAGAGCUUCCCACCACCCAAAAGGAAGAAGGGUAGUUUUUGACGUCUCUGUUAUUGGUGCAAACUGAGACUUUUGAAAGGGCAAAAAGCCAACGUUGAUGAAGAGAGAUGCUACUUCCUGGAGCAGUCUCCUACCUAUAGGCUUUCCGCUGUCCUUGGUGCUGAAUUCCCGUUCUCUGUCAGCUUCUCUGUCAUCCUGUCCGGAGGAAAGCCGGGGUUUUGGGACCCAUUUCCCGGGUGGUAGUGCAGGUGACAUUGGAAACAGAGGACAGUGGCAGAGGGUGACUUUUCAGCUCUGGAAUGAAUCAAGAGCCCACUAAGUCCAUAUGCGGAGACGAGAAGCUUCUCUAAGCGUCAAGCAGAGCGCUCCCCCCAUCCCUUUUUGCAGCCGGCAGCCUGUGAGGUUCCUCUUGAGGAGCAGAGAGCCUUGCCACCCAGUGGCCCUGCUGCCCCAAUGGAUCCACUGAACCUGUCCUGGUACGAUGAUGAUCUGGAGGGGCAGAACUGGAACCGGACCUUCAAUGGGUCAGAAGGAAAGGCAGACAGGCCUCACUACAACUACUACGCCAUGCUGCUCACCCUCCUCAUCUUUAUCAUCGUCUUCGGCAAUGUGCUGGUGUGCAUGGCUGUAUCCAGAGAGAAGGCUUUGCAGACCACCACCAACUACCUGAUAGUCAGCCUUGCUGUGGCUGACCUUCUGGUAGCCACACUGGUCAUGCCCUGGGUCGUCUACCUGGAGGUGGUGGGUGAGUGGAAAUUCAGCAGGAUUCACUGUGACAUCUUCGUCACUCUGGAUGUCAUGAUGUGCACAGCAAGCAUUCUGAACCUGUGUGCUAUCAGCAUCGACAGGUACACAGCCGUGGCCAUGCCUAUGCUGUACAACACACGCUAUAGCUCCAAGCGCCGAGUCACUGUCAUGAUCGCCAUUGUCUGGGUCCUGUCCUUCACUAUCUCCUGCCCGCUGCUCUUCGGACUCAACAACACAGACCAGAAUGAGUGUAUCAUCGCCAACCCUGCCUUCGUGGUCUACUCCUCCAUCGUCUCAUUCUACGUGCCCUUCAUCGUUACCCUGCUGGUCUAUAUCAAAAUAUACAUCGUCCUCCGCAAGCGUCGAAAGCGGGUCAACACCAAGCGCAGCAGCCGAGCUUUCAGAGCCAACCUGAAGACCCCACUCAAGGGCAACUGUACUCACCCUGAGGACAUGAAACUCUGCACCGUUAUCAUGAAGUCUAAUGGGAGUUUCCCAGUGAACAGGCGGAGAAUGGAUGCUGCCCGCCGAGCUCAGGAGCUGGAAAUGGAGAUGCUGUCAAGCACCAGCCCACCAGAGAGGACCCGGUACAGCCCCAUCCCGCCCAGUCACCACCAGCUAACUCUCCCCGAUCCAUCCCACCAUGGCCUACAUAGCAACCCUGACAGUCCUGCCAAACCAGAGAAGAAUGGGCAUGCCAAGAUUGUCAACCCCAGGAUUGCCAAGUUCUUUGAGAUCCAGACCAUGCCCAAUGGCAAAACCCGGACCUCCCUUAAGACGAUGAGCCGCAGGAAACUCUCCCAGCAGAAAGAAAAGAAAGCCACUCAGAUGCUUGCCAUUGUCCUCGGUGUAUUCAUCAUCUGCUGGCUGCCCUUCUUCAUCACACACAUCCUGAACAUACACUGUGAGUGCAACAUCCCGCCAGUCCUUUACAGCGCCUUCACAUGGCUGGGCUACGUCAACAGUGCCGUGAACCCCAUCAUCUACACCACCUUCAACAUCGAGUUCCGCAAGGCCUUCAUGAAGAUCCUGCACUGCUGAGGCUGCCCCUCACCUGCACAGCAGCUGCUUCCCGGCCUCCCGGCCCAGGCAGGCCAGACCUCAUCCCUGCAAGCUGUGGGCAGAAAGGCCCAGAUGGACUCGGCCUUCUCUUAACCCUGCGGGCCCUGCGGUGUUACCUUGGCUGGGUGUCCCUCUCUGCCCACGUACCCUCAUAUCCUGCCACUGUAGGGCCAGGGAGACUGGUAUCUUCCCAGCUCUGGGGUUGGACUCAUGGCUCAGGGCAGCUCGCAGAGUGCCCCUCUCACAUCCAGACCCUGUCUCCUUGGCACCAAAGAUGCAAUAGCCUUUCUCUGGGGGCACCUGGGGUUCCUGAAGCCAGAAAUUAACUCAAUGACCGAGCACACCCUGAUUGCCGGCUUGGCCUGGGCCUUGCUUGCCUGUGUUGGAUCAGAUAGUGGGAGGGAGGGACAGUUCUUACUUCACAGGGACCACACAGGAAAUCAGGGAACACGCCAAGGCCUCCAGGCAACACUUAUAAACAUCAGAUGGCUCCAUGG